AUGAUUCUGUCCGCUUUGGCAGCUCUCCCCCAUCACCCCAUCACGAUCCUUCCCACACUCCACACAGAAGAGACUCAAAAUCUCAACAGUGACAGAGUCAGGGCCACACCAAGGGACACCCUUGCCAGAAAAGACCUGGGGCAGUGCUCCGGCCACAGUUUCAUACACCCUUCUGGAAUGCGAACUUUUUCUCCCGCCCCUCCUUCAGGCAACUUUGGGGAAGAAAAAGAGAAAACAAAGGCGGAUGGGCUGAGGUGGGGAUGUGGCAAGGUGGAGCCAAAAGUUAUAAAUGACAUCUUGGGGCCUAAAAAUGAAUGCGUCUAUUGGCGUUCCACUGCUUUAGGACAGACUCCUAAUACGGAAUUAACUUUUGUGACUUAG